GUCGUUGUCUAAAUAAUGAGGAAUCUUGGCAGUCCCUGCUGAACCACGCCACUAAAUCCGAGCCAAACUCCCAUCACGAAAUUUUAUUUCUGCAUUCCACAACUCCACUUAAAAGUGAUUUGGAACAGAUGACACACACGGUUGCGUGAUAUUCCAGAAGUUCGUUUAAUAUUUACCCUAUGACAUAUUGGGAGAUAGAGCUGCAGUAAAUUAAUUUAAUACAUGACCACUUCGGGAAUACCGGACCAUUUGUCUAACGAAACGAAAGUGAACAGAUUCCUGCGCUUCUGCCUUGCUAGUCUUGUCUACACGGAAUUCCACCAUGCUAGCUGCAAGUUAAUUGGACAUUGGCGGUCUCCCGGGGAGCGCCACGAAUCCCGCAGACGCCAGGGCACUGCAAGUUCACCACUGGCGCGGGCUGCUCUGUGCGUUAGAGCGCGCUUUCGAAUAAAUCUGAGACCUUACGCAGAGUGAUAACAAGGAACUCUUUACGUUUUGGGGCGGACUAACUUUCAACAACAUUUGUGUUUUCAGAGGUGGUGUUAAGCCGCAAAGUUAGCUGUUAAUUUUCGACUUCACAUUUGUGAGAAGAAGUCCCAAGCUUCCCCUGACGGGAAUUCUCAUGGCAUUUAGGCUCUAGAAAGUAUGUCAACGGACUCACCUAUAUAUUGAAGACUCACUUUAGACUACGGGGAUACAUCAUACAGCUACCUACCAACGAUACAGAGAGGUACCAUUCUUCAGCUGUCCAGUUACCUCACCGUGAGCUGCUAAACGAGAUCCCAAGGCCAGCCCAGCUCAGGAGCCCUGCAGGGUCCACCACCACCAGGCUGCCCACGUAUACUACAGCACCCACCCCAGGAGCAGUAGGCCAUCCCCAGCCCGGCCCAGCCCAGAACACCACCCUCUUCGGAGCCUGGGAUGGGAGGGCCCUCCGCCUGGAGCUCCAGGAGCUCCAUAGCUCAAGGGAAGAGCAGGCCGCCCUGGCCCCAGCUCGGGGUGGGGUUGCUGGGGAUGCUGUUACUGAUCCCCGCUCCCGCCGUGGAUGCCAUGAAACAGAGCCUGCCCCGGGUCACCCUGAGCCACAAAGAGUUGCUGCACUCGGGCAGCGUGGUGCUGUUCCAGGGCCUGGGGGAGUCCCUGCACUCCCACACCCUGCUGCUGGACGAGGAGAGGGGCCGACUGUUGCUGGGGGCCCGGGACCACGUCUACUAUCUCAACCCAGAUAACCUCAACGUGCAGCCCAGGAAGAUCAGUUGGCCAGCUUCACGUGAGAGGGUGGAGAUGUGUAAAUUGGCUGGCAAGAACGCACAAACGGAGUGCGCCAACUUUGUGCGGGUGCUGCAUAACUACAACCGGACCCACGUGUACGCGUGCGGCACGGGGGCCUUCCACCCCACCUGCGCCUUCCUGGAGCUGAGCGGGCGGAGAGAGGACGGUGCAUUCCAGCUGAUCGGCAGCAGUGCGGAGUCCGGCAGGCUGAAGUGCCCUUUUGACCCCUGGCAACCCUUCGCCUCAGUGCUAACAGACCAGUACCUGUACGCCGGCACAGCCUCAGACUUCCUGGGGAAAGACUCCACGUUCACACGCUCGCUGGGUCCACCUCCAGACCAGCACUUCAUCCGCACGGACAUCUCUGAGGACUACUGGAUCAACGAGGGCAGGUUUAUAGCGGCCCUUCCCAUAUCGGACACUUUCAACCCUGACGACGACAAGAUUUACUUCUUUUUCCGUGAGGCGAGUCGCGACGGAAGCGUUUCGGAAAAACGCGUCCUCUCCCGCGUGGCUCGAGUUUGUAAGAAUGAUGUUGGUGGGUUGCGGAGCCUGACCAACAAAUGGACCACAUUCCUCAAAGCCAGACUGGUCUGCUCCAUCCCCGGGCCAGAUGGAGUCGACACUCACUUUGACGAACUGCAGGAUAUCUUCCUAAUGCCAACCAGAGAUGAGACCAACCCUAUGGUGUAUGGAGUCUUCACCACCAGCAGCUCCAUUUUUAAGGGCUCAGCAGUGUGUGUGUAUAGCAUGGCGGACAUUCGAGCGGUCUUUAAUGGGCCCUAUGCACACAAGGAGGGACCCGACCACCGCUGGAUCGAAUACGAGGGACGCAUUCCUUACCCGCGGCCAGGAACGUGCCCCAGUCGCACCUAUGACCCUCGCAUCAAGAGUACCAAGGACUUCCCCGACGAGGUCAUCAGCUUCAUCCGCUUCCACCCGCUCAUGUACCGCAACGUCUACCCCGUCACGCGCCGGCCCGUCUUCACGCGCGUCAACACCGACUACCGCCUCACCCAGAUCGCCGUGGACCGUGUGCACGCAGAGGACGGCCAGUACGCCGUCAUGUUCCUGGGCACAGAUAUUGGCUCAGUGCUGAAGGUGGUGAGCAUAACUCAGGAGAACUGGGCCACAGAGGAAAUUAUUCUGGAGGAACUUCAGGUGUUCAAGACGUCCUCACCAAUUCUAAACAUGGAGUUAUCUUCGAAGCAGCAACAGCUAUACGUGGGCUCGGCGGAGGGUCUGGCGCAGGUGUCGCUGCACAGGUGUGAUAUUUACGGGCAGGGCUGCGCCGAGUGCUGCCUGGCCAGGGACCCUUACUGUGCCUGGGAUGGGAACCAGUGCUCACGCUACAUCCCUGCAUCCAAGAGGCGGGCCAGGAGACAGGACAUAAAGCAUGGUGACCCAUACAGCCAAUGCUGGGACACGGAGGAGGGCCGAGAUGUGGAGGAGAAGUCGAUGUUUGGCGUGGAGACCAACUCCACCUUCCUUGAGUGCGUGUCCAGAUCGCAGCAGGCUCAGAUCCGCUGGUUCUACCAGAAGCCUGGCUCCGACAUCAGGGAGGAGGUGAAAGCUGACGAUCGCGUCCUGGUGACCGAGCGGGGGUUGCUGAUUCGCUGGCUGCAGCAGGCCGACACAGGCACCUACGUCUGCACGUCUCAGGAGCAGCGCUUCACCCGCACCCUGCUGCAGUUCUCGGUCCGCGUCCUCCAGCCCGGCCAGCUCGAUGGCCCGGUGCCGCCCCAGCGAGGACCCUCUGAGGACCCCUCCUUCGCAUCCCAGGCCACGGCGGUGGAGGCCCGACAGCGCUACAAGGACUUCUUGCGGGUGCUGAGCGGGCCGGCGCGCUCCGUGGACGAGUACUGCGAGACGAUGUGGUUCCGAGAGAAGCGAACGCGCCAGCGGGGGAAGUGGAAGCACAUGCAGGAGAUGCGCAAGAGCCGCAACCGGCGGCAUCACCACUAGGGAGGCGCCAAAGGAGUUUUUUUUUUUUUAAUUCAGGGACCAGCCUCAAAGCAACACGUUCAAUCUGCCUCCUGAAAAGACUUAACGCACACAGCAUGUUUCAGCCAACCAAAGCAACACAAACAUUUUUUUCUUCACCUAUUUCUCAUUGCAUUGUAACUAUGUAAUGAUAAUAUAGUAUAAUUGUGAUUGAGGCAACAGAACUGGGGUCCGUUUCUCGAUUCUUGUCGUUGCUAACCGCCUUAAGACCGUCUUACCGUUCCCUUGGAUUUAGUGGUGAGCGUCGCUAUCGAGAGAGAGUUGAGUCGCUCUUACGAAGGACUUUGCUAACGACGAUAGCAAAGACGCAUUCGAGAAACGGACCCCUGUAUAGUCAGACAUAGUCCUAACUAUUAUUUACGAAAAUAAAAAGCAAUGUCCACGUUCCAUUUUUUAAUGUCUGUUACACAUUAUUGCAAAAUGCAGUAACAGUGCAAUGAGGAUAAUCUAAUUAACAAUUGUAUCAUUAAGCUAUGAAAAAACACAUUUUCACUUUGGUUAGCUAUUGUAAAAUAGCUAACAAUGCAGCUAAAUUUUGUUUGUAAGAUAUGAUCUUUGUCAUAUGGUUAGUUAAAUCCCUUCAAUUUUGGCAUCUUUUUGUUUUGGUGGGUUAGCGUUGUUUGGAAAGCUAAGAUAUUUGUCAUAUGCUAAGCUGAAAUUGUUACCACACCAUGAAACCAUAGAGCAUUCCAUAGUACACUGAAUUUCUUCCAGCAGAUUGCUACAGUUGAUGUGGGGAAUGAAAACACAUAUAUAACUUCAAACUAACAGCCUGAAUAGCUUUGAAUGUAUUUUAGACUGCUAGGGAAAAAACAAAAACAAACGAGAUCCACAGCGCUCCAGAAUCUCAGUCUGCUUCCCUUGGGUUAGCGGACCUAAAAUUAGCCUGCACUAUGGGGUUUUCGAGGACCUUGUUGGGUCCCGACAGAGAAUAAGGGUUAGUGAAGACGAAUGCCUUAGGGGAGGGUUGAACUAUGGAAUGUUCUGGAGGGGGAGGGAAGUUUUAAACACAGAAAUGGCUCUGAGGGUAUUUGUUGAGGUAGUUGUAUUUAGAAAUACAGUGAAUAGAUGUCUCUUAUCGUAAUGGAUGUAGUCAAAUGGUUGGAAAUGUCUCUGUGGUUUAUUGACCACCGUUUCAUAGAGGCAGCUUCAUAGACUCUGACACAGUGUUUGGCUUUGCUAAACUAAAAAAAAAAUCACAAUGUCAUAAAAACCUUCAGGACGAUCGUACAUAUCUCUGUCCGUGACUUGGUUAAUUUUUUUGUUUCUUUGUUUUAAAUUGGAUUUCCCUGCCUGUCAUACAUUGAGGGAAUGUUAGUAUCCCCGCUGCCAACAAAAAGGGGGAUAUUUUUUGUUUUAAAAUGAAACGCAUAUGGCCCAAAUACCCUCCUUUGUCACGUGACAUGCAAUGAAAACACAUUCAUGUUGAAUGUCUGUAAAUAUUUAUACCACUUGUACAGGAGAAAAAACUGCAUGCUAUUGUUCUGACUCACAUAAUAUGUAGGGUUGUGCUUAAGCAUAGUGACAGCAGCGGAGAUGCGAGAGGACUCCAUCUGGCCACUGAUUAGUGUGGACUGCAGAUUGAAACGGAUAAGCGGAGUGGUAGAGGCUCUGUUUAUGAAAUGGGCAUCGGUCCAGCCAGUCAAUUUAAAUUCCACCUCGAUGGGCUAAAUUGCUGUAAUGACAAUGGACACUCACCCACCAUCUUUGAAAAAGAAAAGGCCUACAUGCUUAGAUUUUAGGUGGUGCAAAAUAUCAAUUUUUUUUGUAUGUUGAUAAUGUUUUUUGUUUUUGUAGGUAGGCCGUUCAUGAUAUUAUUUAAAUUUCUGAUGUAUACAUAGCUCUGUAAUUAAUUAAACUCUUUUGUUCCUUGUACACGUCAGUCUAUGCUUAUGUGUUUUAUUUUCCUCGUGGCCCUUGACUCUUUAACCAAG